UCCCUGAAGGCAGCCAAGUUUCCGGAAAAGCAACUGGUGCGAGUUUAAUGGACAAGGAAGAGAUAUUUGUUUAGGUUAAACGUUGGUCCACAGAACAUAUAUAUACUUGUUUUUCGUCAAAUAGUCUGACUCUUUUCAAGUCGUUAGCAUGCCUCUAUUUGCCCAAAAUCCAUUUGACCAAGAUGUCGAGAAGGCAACCAAUGAAAACAACACAACAGAUGACUGGGGGCUCAUUAUGGACAUCUGUGAUAAGAUUGGGACGACAGCCAAUGGGCCAAAGGACAGCUUGAGAUCCAUUAUGAAGAGAGUCAACCACAAAGUGCCUCAUGUUGCCUUGCAGGCCCUUAAUUUGCUGGGUGCUUGUGUGUCAAACUGUGGCAAAAUAUUCCACUUGGAAAUCUGUUCAAGGGAGUUUGCCAGUGAAGUGCGGAGUGUGCUGAGCAGGGCCCACCCUAAGGUAUGUGAAAAGCUUAAAGCUCUGAUGGUGGAGUGGGCAGAAGACUUCCAGAAGGAUCCACAACUCAGCCUAAUCGGCGCCACCAUCAAGUCUUUAAAAGAGGAGGGCAUCAGUUUCCCCUCCGCAUCCUCACAGGGGUCUACCACAAAGGUCAGCACACCUGCUGCGAGCAAAGCAUCGGAUGAUGACGACCUGGCCAAAGCCAUUGAGCUGUCCUUGCAGGAGCAGAAGCAACAGGCAGAGACACGGCCCCUGACCGUGACCUCCGACCCCGCAAACCACACUAAUGGUGGUGGGGGGCAGGAGGUCCGGAAGGUGCGUGCGCUGUAUGACUUUGAAGCGGCUGAAGAUAAUGAGUUGACCUUCAAAGCUGGAGAACUUAUCCUGGUUUUGGAUGACAGCGAUCCAAACUGGUGGAAAGGAGAGAACCACAGAGGAGUGGGUCUUUUCCCCUCCAACUUUGUCACAACCAACCUGAAUGCUGAACCAGAGACAGUGGCUUAUGUUGAAAAGACAGCCAGCCCUGAAGAGACGAGCCUGGAAACCAAAGUUGAGCCUGAGCCUGUCGUCAUAGACGAGGGAAAGAUGGACAGAACACUGGCACUGCUGCAGAAUGCAGAUCCUGCAGAUCCGACUCCUGACGCUCCAGAGCUGAUCCAGCUGGAGGGUGCAUGUGGACAGAUGAACCCGAUGAUUGAUGAGAAGCUGGAGGAUAUUGACAGGAAACACUCAGAGCUGUCAGAGUUGAAUGUGAAAGUUUUGGAAGCCCUGGAUCUUUACAACAAGCUGAUGAACGAGGCUCCGUUCUACUCAUCCUACUCCAAGAUGCAGCCGCAGUAUGCACCAUCCGGCUCAGCUGUGGCCAUGCAGGGCUACCUCGGACCAGCCGGUGCUCCCUACCUGCCUCCAGCGAUGCCCCAGGUUCCUGCUGCACAGCCGUACAAUCUGCCCAGCGACCAGCCUGGACAGCUGCAUUCGCUGCCCCCCAAUGUCUCAGCCCCACCCAACAGCCAAGCUGCUCAGCCUCCCUACAUGAGCAGUGGUGUGAACACUCAGUACAUGAACCCAGCCACCGGAGCUUCUUACCCAACCCAGGCAGGCGUGGCCAUGGACAUAUCAACCUAUCACAACCCUAGCAUGCCUCCUGUGUCCUAUCCUGUGGCUGCUCCCCCUCACCAGGCUCCUCAGCAGCAGCAGGCAGCGUAUUAUCAGCAGCCUCUGCUGUAAAACUCCAGCUGACAGCAGACCUGAGACGAAGACAUACUUCAGAUAUUUCAUUUGCUAGCUGUGUGUUCAUUUGGCUUACUCUGUGUGUGUGUGUGUGUGUGUGUGUGUGUGUGUGUGUGUGUGUGUGUGUGUGUGUGUGUGUGUGUGUGUGUGUGUGUGUGAGAGAGAGAGAGAGAGAGAGAGAGAGAGAGAGAGAGAGAGAGAGAGAGAGAGAGAGAGAGAGAGAGAGAGAGAGAGAGAGAGAGAGAGAGAGAGAGAGAGAGAGAGAGAGAGAGAGAGAGAUAAGGAUCAUUCCUUUGGCCACUUUUUGUGCCCAACAAGCCGGACCGAGCACACCCCAGGAAAGCUGAAAUAACUGAGUGUGUGUGUGUGUUAUAUAAGACAGGUCUGCUGUGCCACUGAGUCAGGACUCGGCUGCUGUAUGGGAGGCUAAACGUGGCACCAGGGGUUUUCUCCAGUCCUUUACUUCUUUUUCCUGGUUGACUGAAAGCAGUGCUGGUUAGUUGUCACAGGUCAACACAGAAGAAGAGUUGGGUUUGCUCAUCAGUACAGUCAGUAAGCCAUUAUUGUCUAAUUUAUGGAAAUUAGCAUUUCACAAUCUAUAGUUCAACACAAUACUACUCCCACACAAUACUAUUUCUUGUUGACUGUCCUCAGGGUCCACGCAACAUGUCAUCUUCUGUCAAGUGGUAACAGAGGAUCAGGCCAUGUUCACACUAUUGCAGAUAAAUGUGAAAAAAUGCUGCAUUUUCUCUCUGCACAUCAACAGUAGCUGCAGUCCUCUGUCACUGUCUACGCUGGAUGUUUUCAGCCACAGUACUGCGGUGCACUUCAAGUGUUUUGGUAGUAUCUAUGGCCUAACACAAGAUCAGUGUAAUUACAUACACAAGUCAGAAUAAAAUAUUCUAAGAUAUUGUUUGAGUUGCGGCUCUGCAAGUCAACAAAAACACAACAGUUUUCCAAAUUAAAAGUAAAAUUGUAAACACCAGACUCACGUUGUAGUGUAGACAGGAAAAAAACUGAGCUGUUCCACAGAGCUCAUGAAGAGCCAUCGGUGUUCACAGACAGAUUUGCUCGUGCACUAGCUGGCCUGCACUGAACGCCAUUUGACACCUCAGUGGCAUUUUCAAAUUUACCUGCAUUAACGUGAACGUGGCCUAAAUGUUUUGUUUUUCUUUUUAGUUUUUAAUUACCAUCUUGUUUUAAAAUGUGCAGGUGAAUUCAUCUGAAGGCAGGUACAGUUUAUUCUGACCACCUCUUUGUUCUUCAGGGCUGUUUGCACUGAAGGAUUGAAACAUUAAGGGCUGAUGGGAGAGCUCGUGUUUCUGCAAAGUCAGCACUUAUCAUAUCUGUGGGGCAGGUCGCAGGUGCUCGCAGUGUGCAGUUAUUUAAAAGCCGGGAUCUUCAUUGGUUUCCUCCUCACCAGCAUUCACGACUGUAGCCGAUCUGUUAUGUUAACAGUUCUAUUUGUGUAAAUGGUUCAGACAUCGCUUCCCAUAGACUCACUGCCUUGUAACGCAUUCUGUGUGGUUGCCUUUGAGAUAUUUAAGAUGACAUUGUGUGUGUAUGUGUGCACGUGUAUGUCUUUUGUGUGUGUGUGUGUGUGUGUGUUCGUAUGUCUGAGGGCUUACUCUUGUAAAAUGACACUGAUUUUUUUUUUUUUUCCAAGGUUUGUCACGUUUUAGGGUGAACUGAAAAAUAGUAGGAUCUCUGUACGUGUUUAUUAAUCUGUUGAAAUGAUGCAUCUGUUCAUGAUUAAUAUGUCCAUACCUUCCUGCCUCUUGUCCUGUGGAGUCUCUUCCAUUUAGCAGAACCUGUUAGGACUCCAUGUUUUAUGCAAAUGCACAAUUCUGAGGUGUUUCAUGUCUCUAUACUUCAGUUUCAAAAUGCCUGUAUUUUGAUAUAUAUAUAUAUAUAUCUCGAGACAUCAUACAUGUGAAAUUUACAUGGUUGCAGAAUGUGUAAUGAUUCUUCCUACUUUUUCUGUCUUUUACUUUUAAUAUUCAGGCAAAAUGUAAACGGAGCAAAUUUUUCAAAAGGUUCGGAAAUCAUUUGUUGUUGUUGUUGUUCAUAUGAAGAAAGAGAAAUGAGGCGCCUUGUUUUUAACCUGCUCUCUGUGUUUCGUCAAAUUUUGGGUUAAAAUCAGAUGAGCGCUCGUAGAAUCCACAGUUCAGCUGCAGUAGCUCUGUAGGUAUAAUUUUAACCAGAAAUAUAGACAAUAUUUCCUUAAUGUGCCUCAGAUUAAAGGCAUUGUAUAUUAGAUGUAAAAUACCUGGUUUUGUCAGUGACAUUGACAUUGCACCUUCGCUUUGUAAACAUUUAUUUACCACUGGAUGCCUUGUUUUUCUGUAGGAAUCAAAGAAUGACACAUACAAUUUUGGCGAGUAACUUCAGUCUCACAAUCCUCUGGAUAUGUAUAAUUCUGUAUAUUUUAAAUAUUCCAGGAAAAAGUUCCUUUAUCCAGGAUUUUAAAGCUUUUAUAACAGAGCAAACGUAUAAAUAUUAUUUGAAAUAAAAAAAAUGACUUGUG